AUGUCUCCUUCUAUAUUGAUUGUUGGCGCUACCGGCAACACUGGCCGAGCAGUCACUCAAACUUUGCCAAAGUUACUCCAAUCAUGCAGCACUUUGUCCAGUCAUCGCAUUAUUGCUCUUACUCGUUCUUCUGACAGUCCGGCGGCAAAGGAGCUUGCCAAACUCCCUGGGGUUGAAGUGGUGGAGCAGAACUGGGUGGAAAUCACUGCCGAGUGGCUUCGCACCAAUGAAGUCACUAGAGCUUUUAUUGCAUCCCACAAUGAGCCUACCCAGUUCGCCGAAGAAUCAACUUUCUAUCUUAACGCCCUCACCGCUGGCGUUCAAUAUGUUGUGCGGAUCUCAACCACUGCUGCAAAUGUCCGCCCUGAUUGCCCUGCCUAUUACCCACGUCAACACUGGGCUAUUGAGGCCCUUCUGGGCUCAUUGGAGUUCAAGAACCUGCACUGGACAUCUCUUCAGCCCAACAUCUUUUCGACACUUAUUAUGUCCCCUGCCGCAGAGUUGAUCAAAAAUUACCGUAAGACUGGAGAGCAGGAUACUCUUCGUCUUAUGCUGGCGGAAGAUGCCCCUGUCGGCAUCAUCGACCCUUACGAGAUUGGGGUGGCCGCAGCUCAUCUCUUGUCCCAGGAUGAUACUUCAGUAGACAACAAGGCCAAGUACGUUCUCAACGGACCCGAGGAUAUCACUGGAAAGAAGAUCGUCGAAAUGGUUGAGCAGUAUAUUGGCACACCUCUGAAGGACGUCAGCUACAAAGAUGUCUCGUUUAUCGAAAUGCUUUAUCAGUACCAGUACGCAGCAACCAAACAAUCGAAGAACGUCAUCUACUCCAUUCAACGCGCUCCUGAGACUGCUUGGGCAGGGCAAUGCUCGACUUCUACAUCUAGCAAAGAGAUCCUAGAGCUUGCUGCUCCAAAACGCUCACCUGCUGAUGUCUUGAAGUCUCUGCUGGAGGAUUAG